AUGGUGGACAGUGGAGUGGAUAACGAUACACCGAGUCCACCAGCAUACUCAAAUGAGGCGUUAUUUGAUGAUGAUAUCUAUGGAGAACUCAUUCUUCUAGGAUUCAACGGUCAAGCUGAAAACCGAUCAACUUCUAAACGAUACCUGACGAAAAAAGUUCUAAAACGGCGAGAUGUAGCAAACGGAAUUAAGAAGUUGACAAGUCAUACAACGACAUCUUCUGACAAUAAGCAGCUCAUCAAAGAUAAAACUCGCCACACAGUUUCAUUUCACAGUGAUCAUAAUAAGUCAGUGGUCGUUGAAUAUGAACCGGAUUCAACGAAGGAUAUGUUUCAGAUUGGGCGUGCAUCUGAUGAUCAAAUCGAUUUCACUGUGAUCGAUACGUGGAUGUUCCAUCCGGAGAAUUCAGAGACUGCAGUACCAUCUCGUCCACAAAUUGAACUUCUCGAGAAAGGAGACAGAACUUCCACGAUCAGUCGAUUCGCUUGCCGUAUUCUCAUUGAUCGCGAGAAUUCCAACAAGGCAUUUUUGUAUGCAGCUGGCUUUGAUUGUCAUCAGAAUAUCUCUAUUAAUCAAAAAUCAUUAAAAUGGACCAAACCAAGCGGAGAAGUUGAUGGAUUGACAACAAAUGGAGUCCUCAUCCUUCAUCCAAAUAAAGAUGAUCUUCUGGACGACACUGUCGAGAAACCAAUGUACAAAUGGAGAGAAGUUUCCAUCAAUGGAGACGUUUACGAGCCACGUGUCACAAGGAGCAGUUCUGCCAAAGGAGUAUAUGUUCCUGAAUGGACCAACAUGCUUCAAGAUGGAACUUUGAUUGAUUUAUGCGGUGCUACAAUUCUAUGGAGAACAGCUGAUGGGCUGGAAAGAUCUCCAAAAAUGAGAGAAUUGGAAAUGGCGUUAGAUCUUAUCCCAAAGAAAAGGAACGGGCGACAGGUGAACAGACGACAACCAUAUGUGUAUCUUCAAUGCGGUCAUGUACAGGGAAAACAUGAAUGGGGAGUUCAUGUGAACAGUGGUCAAAGAGGUGGAAAAUGCCCGAUUUGUCUUGUCGAAUCAGACCGAAUAGUACAAUUAUCCAUGGGAAUGGAGCCAUCGUUCCAUUUGGACCCUGGUGUUCUAGAUCAUGCUUUCAAUCCAUGUGGACAUAUGGCUAGUAAACAAACUGUUCUCUACUGGUCGCGAAUCCCACUUCCUCAAGGUACCUGUCGCUACGACCCUGUUUGCCCAUUCUGCUAUCAACUUUUGGCAACUGAACGUCCUUUCGUUCGCUUGAUAUUUCAAGAUAAUUGCUUUGAUGACGACACUAUUCGCUUCUCAAAUGAGGCCUAA